CGGUCAUAUGACUUAAAAGCUAGAUGCUGAAAUUUAGACAGCAAUGUGGACGGCCUGAAGAGAGUGUUCCGUCCUUUACUUGUUUCCCUUUUUCUGUUUGUGUGGAUUUAUUUGAAACUCGUCUCUAUAUUCGUCUGUCGGAAUGAAGAAGAAGGUUUCAGGAGGUUUAUCUAACAUGGACGCAGGAAUCCGGCUCACUGCGCUGUCGUUACUUCUCUCCGUGUUGUCUCCCGGUCUUUGUAUCAUCAGCCCUGCAGAGAUUGACCCUCUGCUGUAUGAGGAGCAGCUGCUGUGGGUGAGUGGAGCCCAGGGGCAGGUGAACACCUACAGGAUCCCGCUGCUCACCUUCACCCCUGAGGGAAGUCUGCUGGCUUUCGCUGAGGGCAGGAAGUCAUCAGCCAGCGACGUGGGAGCUAAGUUCAUUGCAGUGCGGCGGUCCACAGACAAAGGAGCCACCUGGUCCCCGACCUCAUUUAUUAUUGACGAUGGACUCCAGCCGGACGGCCUGAACCUGGGCUCCGUCGUGGUGGACGAGGAGGUGGGCUCGGUGAUUCUGAUCUACAGCAUCUGCUUCCACCAAUACUUAUGCAGCCCAUCCAGCACCAUGAUGGUGGAGAGCACAGACGACGGCCUUAGCUGGAGCCCGCCCAGAAACCUCACUGAACAGCUCGGAGCCAAGAUCUUUGUUGCCGGGCCUGGCUUCGGUAUCCAGAAGCGUUACAGUCCAGCAAAGGGGAGGUUGGUGGUUUGUGGUCAUGGAACAAUAGAGGGGGACGGCGUUUUCUGCAUCCUGAGUGACGACCAUGGACGUAACUGGUACAACGGUGCAGCGUUGAAAAGCAUCCCUUACAACCAGAAGAAGAAGCCGCAGGACUUCAACCCUGAUGAGUGCCAGCCAGUGGAGAUGAAAGACGGCAGCAUUGUCAUCAAUGUGCGGAACCAGAACAACUACCACUGCAGAUGUCGUGUGGUGGUGCGCAGCUAUGACGGGGGAUUGUCCCUGCCCAUAGAUAAUCUGUUCUUCGACUACGCACUGGUGGAUCCUGUGGUAGCAGCUGGAGCUCUGCAGAAAGACGGAGUGCUGUACUUCACCAACCCCUCCAACGAUCAACACCGAAUUAACCUGACCUUACGUUGGUCGCUGACUAAUGGCACUUCUUGGGAGAAUAAAGCUGUCCAGAUAUGGGCAGGGCCAAGCGGCUACUCCUGCAUCACAUCACUGGACAGCGGUUCUCCAGAGGACCGGAAGUACAUCUUUGUCAUCUAUGAGAAGGGCCACAAGGACUAUGAUGAGACUGUCUCGUUUGCCAAGAUCCACCUGUAUGGUGGCCGGUAGAGCUUAUUCAAACACUGAAGGGAAAAGUAAACUUUCUCAGGAAGAAAAUGAAAGACUGACUUUGUGAUAUUAAAUAUGAGGAAAUGAUUGGCUCUGCAUCAUGAAUGGUGGAUGAAUGAAUGAAAAUGUCUUUUUGUACUGCACAACCACAGUAUUUUUUUGAGUUCCUUCUUCCAAGACAAGAGAAAAUAUGAUAACAAGGGGCAGCUUUUGGAAAAAUGUUUAAGAUUAUUUUAUGGGCAAAGUACACUAGUUUCCAAGCUGCUUAAACCAUACUGUCAUGUAAAUAUCGUGUGUUUUGAAGCUGACAACAACACUCCAUUUUCAAUAUGAUACUGCACCAGAGUCUCGCACCAGUUUUCCAUCCAGAGUUAGACCAAUGUCAAUACAAUAUAAAUUUUAAACACCCCUGGCAUAGAUUAUCUAUCACUAAUUAACUGAUUGAGUCACUGUAUACUUGGCAUCGCUGUGAAAUCAUUCCUAGUUGCAACAGUUUGAUACUUAAAUAUCCGACUUAAAUUUUACGUGGAUCUGUGCUUGUAAUUAUUAUGAGGGAUUUUUGGCCUUUAUCAGAAUGUGAGUGUGUUGCGAAUUCAUGCUGACUGAAAUCAGUUCUGCCUUUUAAAAGAGAAAACAAAACUGUAAAAUAAUGUUAAUAGCUUUUUGUGUGUGAGACUGCACUUGAAUACUGUUUCUGUUUGGGGCUUGAGUGCUUUUAAUAAAACAAUGAAUGCAAUUAAAAAAAAAUGAGUGUGUGUGUGUGCGCGCGCAUGUGUGCAAUUGAGGGAGAUAAGUGCAUAAUUAAGCCAAAGUAUCCUCUUUUGUGCUUGUACAGAAUGUAUUCUGAUUUUUUUGUAAUCGCUCUGAGUUCCACUCUGCUCAAAUUCUGAUGUUUUAUUUUCAAAUCUAGUGUCCACUUAUGCCCUGUAUUACCAGCAUCGUACACAGGCUUACAUUGUUUUCUAGCCAUUGCAUACUGCUUUAUUUAUUGUGUCAUCGAUGCUUUAGGCAAAGAAAUCAACCGCUCUAAUGAGCAUUAACUGUACAGUUCAGAUGAUGAAAGAGAAUACCUCCCAGUGAAGUGCCUUUGACAGUGGAAGGGAACAGCUUGAUUUACACCAGGGUUAAAGAAAAAAUAUUUGAAAUUUACAAUUGACAAAUCUGUACUGGCUGUUGUAUUCAUUUUACUCUAGCUGUAUCUUUUCCUUGUAGAUCUCCAACUUGAGAAAUCCUGUAAAGAAGAGUCGAAGAGUUUUUUUUUUUAUUACCCACACUUUAAUUUGAGAGAUUAUUUUGGAACAACAUACAAAAUAAACAAUUAAAAUAAAUGUGUUGAUUAUUGUAAAAGAAACAGUUGUUAGGCCUUUAGUUAGGUUUAGAUUCUUAAUACCAUCAGGGAGGCAUGUGAUCAGUUCUACGUUCACUCUGCAGCCUGACAGCCAGAGUCAUAAAAACUUUCUUCAGUCACAAGAACAACAAGGAGUCCUACAACAGAUGGUCUGGCCCCCACAAGGCCCUGAUCUCAACAUCAUGGAGUCAGUCUGGGAUUACAUGAAGAGAUGGAAGGCACUGAGCCUAAAUCCACAGAAGAACUGUGCCAAGUUCCCCAAGAUGCUUAGAACAACCUACCUGCCAAGAACCUUGGAAAACUGAAAGUGUAUCCAGGAGAGCUGAUGCUGUUUAAAAGGCAAAGGGUGGUCACACCAAAUACUAAUUUGAUUUAGUUCAUUUCUCUUUGCUGCACUUUGUAUGAAAUCAAUUGAUAAAUAAAAACUAUUCAUGGAAUGAU